CUCCCCUCGAGGAGACGGAGCUGUCUCCGCCCGUGCUGCUGCUGCACGGCAGGCACGUGCUGCGGGAGCGCGGAGCUUGACCCCCGCAGAGCUAUCCGCUGGCUGUUAUACGGAAGACGUCUAAGGAUACCGGCGACACGAUGUCAGACAACAGCGGAGUGGAGAAUGAUUUCAAAAAGUCUGAUAUCACUAAAAAAAGAAAUUCAAUUAAGAAAAAAGUUCAAAACUUUAGCAGUGAACACGAUGACGCGGCCCUCGUCCCAUUACUCCAAACGAACAAAGAUAAACCUGAACGUAAUGCCCCAAGUGCCAAGUUCACGUUGCCAAAAACAAAGACUGAUUCAUUAAAUGAAAAGGAUAUUCAAAGUGUGGAUGUUGAGAAGGGGACUGUAUCGAAACCUUUAUGUGAUAAUGCGAUUGUCGUUUGUAAUCCUGCAGUGGUUCAGAAUCAUAUGAACACAAACGUGUUUGGGGAUAUGAUUACGUCAGAAGUGCCAAAGACCUCGGUCCUUAUUGAAAUUAGUGAAAAGAAAUCGUCGGGUUUCGGUACACCGUUAAUUUUUACCACGGCAAAGAUACACACAGAUAGUAAAACGAAGGCGGGAGAACCGUUGCACGUUACACCGGUACCAAUUCUAUCUACGAUCGAAGGGAAUCAUGUAAAAUCGGAAGUGACGUACGAUAAAACUAAUAUAUUGCCCGGGAAAAUUGAGCCCGCAGGCAAAGUAUUUGAAAAGGCCAGAGAUGUUCAAUCUCAAAUUAAUAAUAAAGAUGACACAAGUGGAGUAAACCAAUCUAAAUCGUCCACAAAUAAGUUCGCAGAUCAAGUUAAGACAUCUGUCACGCAACCAUCUCAAUCAAAUAUAGCAACUAAAUCUGAUACCACCAAAGUUAGUACCGUUACUACAAAUAGGACAGAUAUUACACAAAACACAAAUGUAAAUAGCACAGUCUUGUCUAAAUCAAAACCCGAUAGCACGAGCAGUAUGAAGAAAUUACAACGCCAAAAACAUACAGAGGAAACAAAUAUACCGCAAAAUAAUUUGUUUGUUAAAAAAGACUCUGAUAUAGGUAAAAUAGAUAUAAAAACAAAUGGAACAACACAAAGCGAAAUAAAAAGAUUUUCAGGCAUUCACACUGCCAGAAACUCGUCAGACCCCAAUAAGUCCAUUCCAGCGGUUGUGUCAGUUACAGAUACGGAAGUAAAACAAAGUGCUAAGUCUAUUCUAUCGCCUAUCGCUUCGAAACAAGAUAUCACAACAUAUACAGAAAAAGCUUCAGUACAAAAAAUACCCACUACCGAUGCAAAGGAAAUAGCUAAAUCUCCCGUUGUCAGUUCAACGCAUACGUCAUCCAUAGUAAAACCUACGUUGGCGCAAAAAACAAUUACUACAAGCUUAGAAAGUAAAGAAGCGACCAAAUCUCUUAUCAUGUCUUCAAAAACUGAAACCGUGUCGUCAAUUGCAACGCAAAAAUCACUAACUACUAUUAAUACGGGAACAGAAUCAAAAGUAUCUUCCAAAGUGGAGGCGGCCUCAAUCGCAACACAACCCGGCGCUACCCAAAAAACCCAAAAAACAAUUACUCCAAUUGACACGGGCUCAAAAGGCAAAGAUGCUAAAUCACUUAUAUCUCAAAAAGUUGAGGCACAAACUGUUACAAAACCGACAACCACCUCAUUACCAAAAACAACUCCUACAGCUUCAGAACCGAAAGACAAAUCUCUUUUGUCUUCUAAAAUUGAUGCGACAUCUAUCGUAAAACCUGCAACUGCGACACCAACCAUUAAUGCCAUUAAAACAGAAGUAAAAGACGCUACAAAAAUACCUGUCAGUUCAAAACAGGAAGUGGGUACAGUAAAAACUGGAAUCACGGCAACUGAAAGGGCAAAUACUAACAGCAUUUUAAAACAGGAGCCGAAGGCAUCUGUUAUACCGACAUCUACGCAAAAAAUGGCUACCACCAAUACGGAAGUUAAAUCGGCAAUCCCUAUGGCAAAACCAGAAGUUAUAAAACCAAAUCAAAAAACAAUACAGACAACAGAACUAAAAGUAGCUUCGACUAAGAUACCAUCAAAACCAGAGGUUUUAUCGUCUGUAUAUAAACCUACGAUGGCACAGAAAACAACUCCUGUUAACACUGGCACACAAGAUAAAGAAACGACUAAAUCUCUUGUUAUGUCUUCAAAAGUUGAUACUACAUCUAUCGCAACAAAACCUGUAGCCACGUCCACGCAAAAAACACCACUGAACACAAACACGGAAGCAACUAAAUCGCCAAUAUCAAAACAUGAAAUCGUGAAACCAACUCAAAAAGUACCAACCAAAGGAAAGGAAUUGCCAACAUCAAUAAAAACACCUAAAAUUUCAGCAAAAUCUGACAAAUUAAAAUCCCCAACUCAAAUACCAUCUCAGAGUCAAGUACCAGGAGCGAAUAAACCAAAAUCAAGUAGUGAAGUUGCAAGUAAUGCAAAGACUAAAGUACCUUCAUACAUUGUAGCAACGUCAAAAACGAAAAUAGGUACUCCAAAUAAACCAGAAGACUCCAUUGCAUCAACUUCUUCAGUUAGUAAAGCAGAUUCAAAAGACGGUAAGUCGGAUACAAAGAAUCCACCAAAAUCAUAAAUUUUGUUUUAGUCAAAAACCUUGUCGAUUUGAGUCUUCAAGAUUGUUUUAUUAAAUUUUGGAUAUUUUUUCUUUAU